ACCACAACUCCCCAGUUUUCCCAAUGUCCUGUUUCUUGAAAUAUAUAUAUGUUUUUUAAGGUAAGAAGCUUCUAGGGUGUUUUUGGUCGUGUAGCUUGGACCCCACAUUUGAGAAAGUCUGGAAUUAUUGAAAGGGAAAUUAAAUAGUUUUCUAGUGUUCUUCUUUGCUUGUGUGUUGUGUUUUUCUGUGGUUUCAUUCUCUUGAAUAUUAUUUGUGUUUUUGGUUGGUGUCAUUGUUCAAUGAUAAGGAGGGGUUGGUUCAUAGGAUCUUUGGGGAUAUAUCAGCUUUGUCUCCAUAUGAGGAAGCUUCUGUUCUGAGACAACUUAGUUUAUUUUUAAUUUUUUUUUUUUUUUUUUUUUUUGGGUUUCUUGAGUUUUCAAUCACUCUCUUGGGCUCUUCUCUGUUCCCCCAAUUGUGGGCAGACCACAAUUUCAAAUCUUUCCCAGGUGGUGUGAAGGCAACCAUCAGGGGAUUUGGUUUCUCAUGAAUGCUUUAUUGCCUAUCCUUUAGAAAAAAACCGGGUUUUCGACGAAAUUGGUUGUGGGUUCUAUUAUUUGAGAUAUGGCAACUUAUUUCUCCAGUUUGAGUGACCAAAGAGAUGAUCUCCCAAUGCCAUUGAUGCCAAAUGAGAAACAUAGUUCUUAUCAUCAGUCGUCUGGUCUCCCCGAUAAUUUGAUGUAUUUGAACCAUCCCUACCCAGAAUUGUCCUCGGGGAGUUCCUUGCCUGCUCAUAAUAACUAUGGCGAGGCGCAAUCCAUUAGGACCCGGGAUGAGAUGCUGUUCAUUCCCCCGACGAGUGAUCCAGCAACUAUGCAGCCGAUUGGUAGGCUUCCAAACGUUGGGUCGAGUUUUUCUGGUGUUAACUCUACCCCGGUGGAGCCUCAUACUUAUUCCUCGAAGCCUUUCGAUGCUCAAAGCGUCGAGCAGAAUCUUCAGUAUCAAGGGCUAUCCCUCAGCUUGGCAAUGCAAGUCCCGGGUUCAGUUCAGGUUCCGGGAUAUCAUGACCAGUAUACGAACCCCGGGUUCCCCUCGCUAAUGAGCACACACGAUAACGAGAACAAAAGUGCUGAGUAUCUGUCGUUUGAUUUGGCUGGAGCUCAGAACAAUGUCAAGAUUGGGGGCUCGGGCAACCUCGACAGGUCCAUGAGCCUCCGGGAGAUGAACUUUAAUCCUCAGAUACACGACGUGCCAGGUGUUGCUGCAGGAAGCAUUUAUAAUUCCAAGUAUCUUAAGGCCGCACAGGACUUACUCGAUGAAGUCGUUAAUGUUCACACGGCUCUGAAGCAAUCGGAGAAACCCCACAACCUUCAUCCGUUUGGCCAAGACGAAGAGGCUGAUAUGAAAUCCAGCUGCUCAGGAACCGGGAUGUCAUCAGAUGGCCACAAGUCGUCGACCAACACAUCCUCUGGUGAACUCUCGGCUGCUGAACGACAUGAUCUCGAGAGCAAGAUCACAAAAUUAUUCUCCAUGUUGGAUGAGGUGGAUAGAAGAUACAAACAAUAUUACCAACAGAUGCAAGCUGUAGUAUCGUCCUUUGAAAUGGUUACCGGGCUCGGUGCUGCUAGACCAUACACAGCGCUAGCGCUAAGAACAAUUUCGUGUCAAUUUCGCUGCCUUCGUGAUGCAAUCAAAAAACAGAUUCAAGUUGCCCGCCAAAGCUUAGGCGAGCAGGGUAACAGUCAAGGAGAAAGACUAUAUCGCCUCCGCUUUGUGGAUCAGCAACUAAGACAGCAGAGGUCACUUCAGCAAUUCGGUAUGAUGCGACAGCCUUGGAGGCCACAAAGAGGCUUGCCCGAAAACGCUGUUUCAGUGCUCCGUGCUUGGCUUUUCGAGCAUUUCCUCCACCCUUACCCCAAAGACUCUGAAAAGAUCAUGCUGGCAAGACAGACAGGCUUAACGAGAAGUCAGGUUGCAAACUGGUUUAUAAAUGCACGAGUUCGUCUUUGGAAGCCCAUGAUCGAGGACAUGUACAAGGAGGAGUUCGGUGAUCCAGAAGGCGAUUUGGCUGCCUCUCCAGAACCGAUAACGGGUGCAAAGGAGAAAUCAGUGUCUGAUGACCGAGGUGAUGAAGAGCUCCACGAAAGCUUAACGUCAAUACCACAAUCCAACGAUUUAAGGUCCAAUGUUGUCCCCAACGAGGAACGAAACAACAUGACCUUAGCGAGGCUAGGAUUCCAAGACACCACCACCCAUGAAAACGAGCGGGGGGACCUUAACGAAGGUAUCAUUGCAGGCACGAGUGCAUAUGGUGUCUCGGUGUUCAGGGGCAUGAUGGGAAACCAAGUGUCCCUCGCUCUCGGCUUGCAACAUAACCAGAACGACCCACAGCCACCCACCGCAACAUCCCUAAUAGGGGGCGAUGACGAUAAACCAGCUUCCUCUAUGGACAUUGGCAAACCAGACUACUACUACAUCGACCCUGCAAACCAGCAAGAAAGGUUCGCUAGCUCUCAUAUCUUACCUGAUUUUGUCGUAUGAUCGAAAAAUUCAUUCCCCUGCAGAUACCCAUGAUAAUCCAUUUUUUUGCCUGCCCACCGAGAGUGGAUUUCAAAGCAUCUGUAUAUAUAUAUGUAUACCUGUAUUCCUAGAUAAUCCAUUUGUGCAAUAUAUAGUGAAUAAUAUGAUGGAAGGUUAGCAUAGUUCAUGAGUGUAUUACAUAUGAUAUAUUUUUGUGUUUGCCGUUGAAAAAUAAAUGAAUUCUGUAUAAAGUUUUCACAUCUUAUUGUCAUAUUCUUGAAAUGAAAA